UCCAUUUCUUUUUUGUACGCAUGUGAAUUGUGAAGACGUUUACAUUGGUGAAUAAAUAAAUAAAUGAAAGAAAGCCCAAUAAUCGGUGCUUAAGUGACCUAAGAGCUGUUUAUAAAUAAAUAAUAAAACAUUUGCAAGCUCAAAUUGAAUUUUGUAGUGGAAGUGAAUAUUUUUCAUUUAUUAAAUGGAAAAUCGAACAUCAGCGUCAUCGCCAAUUUACAUGGCAACUUCUCAUAUCUAUACAAGUUUAAAUCAUUCAAAUCCAUCGCUAAUAUCGUCGUCAUCAGUACCAAUCAACAUGGCGGAGGAUAAUCGAACAAUUAUCACAACAAUAGGAUCAAGUGAAAUGAUCGCCGUUGAACCAAAAUCGGAAGUUGAAGAAAAGCCUGCAAUUUAUCACAUAACAGAAAUCGAUGAUCGUAUUCAGAAUUAUCCGUCACAUCAUCACCCCAUUGAUGAUCGACAUUCCCCAAACUACCCACAUCAUCCGUCAGCACAAUAUUAUUUCUCAGCACCUCACCAUAAAUAUGCCAUCGAAGAAAAACUUCAGAACAGUCAUUAUCGCUAUCCAUACUCAGUUGGAGUUUUAGCAUCAUCAGCUCCAGUUUCAAGCACUGAAAACAUUUCAUCUUCUUCAGUGCCUUAUCAUCAUGUACCUUACUUGACCCACCAUUUAGACACUUCAAUCAAUGCUAUGAAAUUAUCAUCGCCAGUUCCACCAUCAUUAACCCCAUCGUCAGGAUCUUUAAUUAAUCGAUUUAAUAUAAAUUCUACUCCCAACAUCAAAUACUGUUCGAAUGGAACGAUGAUGGAUUAUGUGGAAAGUGAGAACAUGAUGAUGAGAGAGAAUCAUAGCAACAUUUCAUCGCCGGCUUCUACAAUCGCCGGUCUUCCUUCAUCGUCGGCUGUAUCAUGUAUAACUACAACUUCAAAUACAAAUUGCGACAUGAAAAUUGGUAACCCUGGUGGUUCAACAACUUCCUAUAAUAACAAUGCUGGUGAAAGUGAGCCUUGCAAAAAUAAUUCAACUCCAUCUGUUACUUCAAAUACCGUAGAGCAGCAAUUGAGUAGCACAACAGUUGAUACUGUUAAGAAAACUGGUGGAAGGAAACCUGAAAAACCAGCAAUGAGUUAUAUUAACAUGAUUGUCAUGGCGAUUAAGGACUCACCUCAAAAACGUCGUACUCUUAGUGAAAUUUAUAAAUAUCUACAAUCAAAAUAUUCGUUUUUUAAUGGAGAUUAUAAUGGAUGGAAGAAUUCUGUUCGUCAUAAUUUAAGUUUAAAUGAAUGUUUCAAGAAGCUACCAAAAGAGUGUGGAAAGCCUGGCAAAGGUCAUUACUGGACGAUAGAUUCGAGUGCUGAAUAUAUGUUUGAAGAUGAAGGAAGUUUACGUCGUCGACCAAGAGGAUUUAGAAGAAAACAGCAGAUAAAAGCUUACUCGAAUAGUACGCCUUUUUAUCCACCUGCAAAUUAUGAAGCCGCAGCAAUAAACGUUUCUGACAUUCAAAGUUGUUAUCCAACUCCAUAUCCUUAUGAAAGUUAUGGAUCGGCACCUCCAGUGCCCACAGCCCCUUCAAGCUUCUCUGAAGUUCCAUGGCAAUAUCAGCCAGACUAUCAGAGAAAUCCAUCACCACCUCAAAAUGUUCCAUCUCAGCCCGGUGUACUUGAAUAUAAUGGAAAUUAUCAAAAUUAUCACACCUACGAUAAUUCAAAUCUCAAAAUGACCCAAAUGCCAAUGGCACACGCUCAACAAGGAGCCUUGAACGUUACAUCAAGUUCGCCUUCACACAUAUUAAUGUCAAAUGAAUGCAAAACAUCAAUUGCAAACUCAAAUCCGUACCCACCAACAGUGACACCACCAAUUGCAAAUACGUACUACGGUGAACAUAUUAAAUAUCCUAAUUGAAGCUCACACAAAUGUUUCUGAAGGUUCAAUGACCAAAGAAAAGAAUAAUUAAAUUUUAAUUAACAUAGAAAUUUAAUAACAUUGUGCGAUUUUGUUGAAAAGAAUGUUUAGUAAUUUCAAAUUAUAUAAUAAUUAUAAAUAAAUUGAAGUUUUUGUCAAAGUUCAAACAUU